CGUCCGCUGGUCGGGGUCCCGCCGCCCGCCGCGCCAGAGCCGGGAUCAGACACCCGCCCCGGCACGAGCGAGCGGGAGCGGAGUUCCAGCCCGGAGCGCGGAGCCCCGAGUCGAGCCGCAGCAACAAGUGGCGGGGCCCGGGCGCGGCGACCCCGCAGCGGGGGCAGAGAGAGGCUGGCCGGCGGCCACGGGCGGGUCUUCCCGCUGCCUCUCCUGGACGGGCCGGGAAAGGGGUCUGUCGCCCGGAAUCCUUGCCCGCGGAUGCCCGGGAAUCUCUGCGGCUGAGUUCGGGAGUGCCCUCGGGGCGUCUCCAGGCCCGCUCGCCCGUGCUAUAUCGGUCCCGGCCAGAACUCCCACCUGCCUCGCCGUGCUGACCAGUCGCCCGCCCACUGGCCCACCUUCAGGGACGCUGAGCACCAUCUGACUUCUUUCCUGGGGCAAGCCUAGAGCUGAAGCGCUGCGGCAUGGCGCGCGGCUGCCUCCAGGGCGUCAAGUACCUCAUGUUCGCCUUCAACCUGCUCUUCUGGCUGGGAGGCUGUGGCAUCCUGGGUGUUGGCAUUUGGCUGGCUGCCACCCAGGGGAACUUCGCCACCCUGUCCUCCUCCUUCCCGUCCCUGUCGGCCGCCAACCUGCUCAUCGUCACCGGCUCCCUGGUCAUGGCCAUCGGCUUCGUGGGCUGCAUUGGGGCCAUCAAGGAGCACAGGUGCCUGCUGCUCACGUUCUUCGUGAUGCUCCUGCUGGUGUUCCUGCUGGAAGCCACUGUCGCCAUCCUCUUCUUCGCCUACACCGAUAAGAUCGACAGGUAUGCACAGCGAGACCUGAAGAAGGGGCUGCACCUGUACGGCACCCCGGGCAACGUGGGCCUCACCAACGCGUGGAGCAUCAUCCAGACUGACUUCCGCUGCUGCGGCGUGUCCAACUACACGGACUGGUUCGAGGUCUACAAUGCGACACGCGUGCCCGACUCCUGCUGCCUGGAGUUCAGCGAGAGCUGCGGGCUGCACGCGCCGGGCACCUGGUGGAAGGCGCCGUGUUACGAGACGGUGAAGAUGUGGCUCCAAGAAAACCUGCUGGCAGUGGGUGUCUUUGGGCUGUGCACAGCGCUCGUGCAGGUCCUGGGCCUGACCUUCGCCAUGACCAUGUACUGCCAGGUGGUGAAGGCCGACACCUACUGUGCGUAGGCUGCCCGUUGCCUGCCACCCGCUUCGCUGCCAGAGGACAUGCCCACCGACCAGGGAGAUGGCCUCAUAGGACUGUGUGCCAGCUUGGGCAUGGGGGCGGGGGGAGCAGGUGGCCAGAGCCCCCAGGCCCCUGGCCAGGCCUGUGAG